AUGGCAGAAGAAUAUCCGCUGAAGAGCCUAUCCGACGGUGUGUCGUCUCAAAACGAUGGCACCGCCGAGUGCAAGGGAGCCACUGCGGACAUUGCAGAAGCAGAAACGCAAUCACAGACAACGUCAAAAGCGCUCGCAACGGCACCAACGGCACCAACGGCACCAACGGCGCCUUCGUAUCCAGACCCUCUCAAACAGGCAAUACUAGUCAUUGCGCUGAUACUCUCCACAUUCAUUGUUGCCCUCGACGUGAGCAUCAUCGCCACCGCUAUUCCGACCAUCACAAAGGAUUUUCACAGUGUCGACCAGGUCGGAUGGUAUGGCUCCGCCUUUCUCAUGUGCCUGGCCAUGUUUCAGGGCUUUUGGAGCAAGGCAUACAAAUACUUUCCGCAGAAGAAUGUCUUCCUUUCCUGUAUCUUCACUUUCGAGCUUGGAAGUCUUGUGGCUGCUCUAGCUCCCAAUAGCGCGGCCGUUAUUGCUGGUCGUGCAGUUCAGGGUCUCGGCGGCGCAGGCCUCACCUCAGGAUGCUAUGUCAUCAUCGCAUUCAUUGUACAGCCCUCGCGCUUAUCCAUGGUUAUGGGUUUGUUUGGCGCCAUUUGGGCUUGUGUAUCUGUCUUGGGCCCUGUGCUUGGUGGAGUGUUCACUCAAAAUCUAACAUGGAGAUGGUGCUUCUGGAUCAACUUGCCUAUUGGAGGCGUAACGUUUCUCGUCAUCCUUUUUCUCUUCAGCACACCAGCACACUCCCGGUCAGGCAAAGCUCCACCAUGGAGACAAUAUCCUCGCGAGUUCGAUGCUUUGGGAAUUGUUCUGGGGCUAGGAGCCUGGAUCUGCCUGCUGCUCGUGCUGCAGGAUGGAGGAGUAGAGCACGUCUGGAACUCCAGCUUCUCCAUUGGCUUGCUCGUUGGUUUCUGGCUGUUUGUCAUCGCCUUCGUUGGCGCCGAGUGGAUACAGGGCGACACUGCUAUCAUUUCGAAGCGACUUUUGAAGAGUCGUACUGUUGCAGCAUGCACCAUCUACAGCUUUUUGUCCAACACGGGUGGGGUCUCCCGAACCUACACCCUUCCCAUUUACUUUCAGGCUGUCCAAGGCGUCUCUCCAUCGAAUAGUGGUGUGCGCACAAUUCCUAGCGUGCUAUCAUUCUCUCUGGCAUCUCUCAGCUGUUCCAUCAUGCUAGGAAAGGUUGGAUACUAUCAGCCUUUCCUUUGGGCUGGUGGCGUCUUGAUCACGAUUGGAUCUGGGUUAUACUAUACAUUGGAUCCGGGCUCGUCGGCCGGGAAAUGGAUUGGAUACCAAAUCAUCGCAGGGAUCGGGCAGGGCGCCGUCAUUCAGCUUCCGGCUAUGGUUGCGCAGAGGCUCUCAGCGCGACAAGAUUUGUCUGUCACUGUGGGGAUGGUGAUGUUUGCCCAAUUCGUUGGCGGAGGCUUCGGGGUGUCGACCGGUCAAGCCAUUCUCAACAAUCGCCUCAUCGAGACGCUCCCCGUUGGCAACUCGGUCGUCACCCCUGCGCACGUGCUUACUGCAGGUGCUACUGGACUCCGAAAAGCGUUCCCAAACCCUCGAGACCUCGCCGCCGUUGUUGCCUCGUACAUGAUCGGUCUCAAAGACGCAUGGCUUUUCACUACUGCCGUGAGCGGCGCUGCGUUUAUCGCAGCCUUUGCUGCAGAGUGGAGGUCCAUCAACGAGCAGCCCGCGCCAAAUGCAGACGCUCCGAGCAAAUCGCCAUCUUCGACAGAGGAAGUUAAAGCAUGA